UCUCUCGUUAACAACAGUUGCCAUAGAAGCCAAAUGUCAACAAAACAAGUUUGAUUGCAGGAGUUGAGAACUCCAUUUUAGAUUUCCUAGUCUGUCUUGCAGAGCAGAACAGAGCAAAAAAAGGAUCUUUUCCGACUGACAUUGAAAAGAUCCGCAUACAGAUAUUAACGUCGAACGAGAAAAAAUGAAGAAUGUUUCCUCUCCUCGGUCACCUUUUACUCUGCUCAUAUGAAGAAUAAUGAUUAAUAAAUUGCUGUCCUGAACUAGGAAGAAAGUUCGAUAUUAUUCAUAACAUCUACAGUUCCAAAAAUGUUGUCCAGUGAAUUACUUGAGAAAGAGUUCAAUGCUAUCCAAAAGUUUUCCACCUGGGGAAUCGAAGUCAAUCUGAUUUCUCCUGACAACGUUUUUGAUUGGGUUGCCAAGUUGAAAGGUUUAAACUGUUCGAUUUGGGAAGGUGGUGUUUUCACUCUAUUCCUUCAGUUUUCAUCCAAUAAAGCAGCAAGGGAACCUGAAAUCUCAUUCUGCACUAUACCAUUCCACCCGAAUGUUGAUCCUACAAAUGGAAAGGUUCAGUUGGAUUUUGGCUCAAUAGAAAAGAAGGGACUCUACGUUUUAAACAUCCUUUUAUAUAUUCAAAACCUACUUUCAAACCCUGUUUUGGAGAAUGCUGUAAACUCUGCUGCCAAACAGAUGCUUUUAUACCUACCCCAUGCUUAUAAGCAAAUUGCUACUGACUGCGUAAUGAAUAGUCAAAAAAUUGAAGGGAAACAUUACAAGAAAAUUGAAGUACCCACCAUAAAAAGCGAAAACUGCUUAGAUAAAUCAAAAAAGGAAGUUGAUAAUAAAUCCUAUUACACUUCUGCUAAAAUAUCAUUUGAAAAAUACCAUUUAGAUUGGUCUAAUCUUGCCACAUGUAAAAUUACGUAUAAAAAGUAAAACCAAGUAGAAUUUU